AAAUCGAAUUUCUACUAAUCAAGUUUACUGUAAAUAGUUCUCUUAAAUCUCGUCGUCGCAUAUUCAGUCACGUGUCGUCAAAAUACGCUAAAGCAAACAUUCUGGGAAGCAUCUCCAUUAUCAAAUUCACAUCUACCACCGCAUUAUCCACAGACGUCCCUCUUAAUCCUCUCCACAUAUCAAGAUGUUCAGAACCGCUCUUCUCAGAACAGCCCGCAGCGCUGCUAGCAAAGCUGUCCACAGACCUGCAGCAAUUGCUCGUCCUAUCGCCCCAAGUUCUCUCAUCACAAAAUCUCAAUUCGCCCCAUCGGCUUUCCAAGCCGCAAGAUGCUACUCCGCAGCCGCCGGUCUUGAGAAGAAAGAGGUUGAAGGCAGAAUUCUUUCUUUACUAAACAACUUCGACAAGGUGAGCGCGCUCGAUGAACCUUAGACUGGAGAAAGUACUAACAUUAUAUGCAGGUUUCCGACCCAACGAAGGUAUGAUAUUUGGUAGGGUAGAAGGCCAGGGCGUUAUAAUUGACAAUUGGUAGCUUUCAGCAACAGCGCACUUCUCGAAUGAUCUUGGGUUGGAUAGCCUAGAUACUGUAGAGGUUGUUAUGGCUAUUGAGGAGGUUUGUACAAGAUACCCACAACGAGGAAUUGGAGACUGAUGAGGUUACAGGAAUUCAGCAUUGAGAUCCCAGAUAAGGAUGCCGAUGCUAUUCUCAGUGGUAUGUUUUCCAGUGGGAAUAUUGGAUGGAGCAAUAAUUUUAACAAAUUUCGUAGUUGACCAAGCCGUUGAAUAUAUCCUCCACCAACCAGAUGGUGAGUCUUUGGUGGGAUGUUCUAAGGUGGAUAAAAAUAGCUAACGGCCUUUAUAGCUCACUAGAUUUUGGAACUGUAUAAUAUGGGGACGGUCGAGAUGGGAAAAAGACAAUGAUGGGUUCAUGGGUCAUGAAUGAGAUAUAAGUGGUGAACGGGCGGCAAUACAAGGGAGGGAGGGGAAACUUGUACAAGCUUUCGAUGCGUUCAUAAGAGUGAUAUGAUUCUAUGCGCCUGUAAAAAUGUUUAGACCAUCUUACUCAACAAAUUCUUGUUUUCCCUCGUUACAUUAAGAACAUGAAGAU